AUGUCAGAUCAACAACAACAACAACAACGACACCAACUCUGGCGGCAGAAACAACAAAAACAGCAGCAGCAACAUGCCACUCAGAAAGCCCGACCUUUCGAAGCUCCGGGCCUUACUGAUGAGCAUCAUCGGCCUCAGUGGCUGGACUGCGGCGGGUUGAUGUUCUUGGCUAUGGUGUUGAAGAUUGGUCCUGUACCGGGCGCCGCAUGGAAAUUGUGA